AUGUCGAUUCAGCCACUGAUCACGUUCAAGGCUGGGCAAUGUGAGCUCGACACAUCACGUAGGCCCUACAAAGCCAAGCCCCUCCCCGAGCCCGGAUAUGUCUAUCUCUACUCGGAAGACGAUCUGGUACACUUUUGCUGGCGUAAGCGCGACGACGAAGCCACGAACCCGGAGCUCGACCUCGUCAUGAUUCCUACUGAUGGAAGCUUUCUCCCUUACGAUCCCAAGUCAACACCGCAGCCCUCGGCAGCAAAGACCAAUGGUCGCAUUUACUCUCUGAAGUUCUCAUCGUCCUCGCAAAGAUAUCUUUUCUGGCUGCAGUCGAAGUCUCAGGCCCGGAAUAACGACCCCACCUACUUGAGCCCACGGGACCGCAAGAUCGGUGAUAUUGUUCACCGUCUGCUUCAAGGAGAGGAAGUCGAUGUCACCGAUGAGCUAGCUUCGGUCAACAACACGGAUCGCCGACCGGAUGUUGAUGACGAUGAUGAUGACGACGAUGAGACCAUGGAGGAUGUCGAAGGCCACCACAAUCAGCACGAGCACCGUGGAACUGGGAGCGGUGGAGCAGGCCCUGGCGCAACGGGCGGAGAUGUCAGAGAAGAAGGCGAAAACUCGAGAGAAGGAGGUGCCGAUGGGGCUAGAGCAGCUCCUUCCUCCUCAUCUGCUCCAACCGAUGCUUCUGCUGCAGUUCGGAACUUUUUGGAGUCUCUCAGAGGCCAGCCAGGGCUCUCCGGAGGUCAGCAAGCCCAAGGCAUCGACAAACCGUAUCCCCAUCUGAGUCACCUCCUCCCAACUUCCAUCACCGUCGCAGUGAUCGAUGCGAUAGCCGCAAAUGCCCCUGAGCGUCUUGACACGUUCCUCAGCUUUCUACCACCCGCUGUCAUCGUAUUAGCAGGCAACAACCCUGAUGUUUUUGAUGGGAAAAACGAUCCCUCAGCCCAAGCGGUGGAGGAAGCAAAGGCAUCGCUGUCAUUGGAAGCCAAGAAAUCGCUGCUCAAAAAGGUGUUGAGGAGUCCUCAAUUCCACCAGGCCCUUGGCACACUGACCCAGGCUCUUCGGGACGGUGGGUUGCCCAGCAUUGCGGAUGCUCUUGGCAUCAACGUUGAGAAUGGAGGAUACUUGAGCAGUGGAGGAAUGCCUUUAGGAGGUGGGCAGGCCGUGGAGGCCUUUGUCGAAGGUGUUAAGAAGACAGUCAAGGACAAGAAAUAA